AUGAGUGCGGUGAGGUCGGCUCGACAGCUCACACGAGCUGUACAACCUCACAAUGCGAGUCGAUCGUUCUCGACUGUCAAUCCAGGCACUCCAAACUCCAACCCACCUCGUCACUUUCUUUCAAUACGGGAUCUCACGUCGACAGAAUUUAAAACCUUGAUCGACAAUGCUACAGCGCACAAAAAGACUCUACAGUCUCCCGAUUACAAGUACUCCUCAUGGAGCCUUUCGAGGGCUCUUGUAGGCCAAACAAUUCCUAUGAUCUUUUCGAAACGCUCGACUCGCACUCGUAUCUCCACUGAAGGCGCGGUUGCCGCUCUGGGAGGACACCCUAUGUUCCUGGGUCGAGAGGACAUUCAGCUCGGAGUCAAUGAGUCACUUUACGACACCAGUGUGGUGGUCAGUUCGAUGACAGCAGGCAUCGUUGCAAGAGUAGGACCACACAAGGAUAUUGCUGACCUGGCCCAAAACAGUUCAGUACCUGUAAUGAACGGGCUGUGCGAUACAUUCCAUCCUAUGCAGAUCGUGGCCGACUUUGCAUGUUUGAGCCAGCGACUGGGUGUAUCAGCAGGAGACCUAAAAGGCAUGAAAAUUGCAUGGGUGGGAGAUGCAAACAACGUACUACACGAUAUGUGUAUUGGUGCGAGAAAGCUAGGCAUCGAGAUGGCUGUUGCUACACCGAAAGGGUACAGUAUCGCUGAGCAUGUCAAGACUAUGAUCGACGAGGCUGGAGACGGAAAGAUCUUCGAGACCAAUGUGCCAGAAGAGGCGGUCAAGGAUGCAGAUGUAAUUGUGACUGAUACCUGGGUAAGUAUGGGUCAAGAGGAGGAGACGCUGAAACGGCUACAGGCCUUCGAGGGCUACGAGAUCACAGAGGAGAUGGCCAAGAAAGGAGGCGCAAAGAGUGAUUGGAAGUUCAUGCAUUGUCUACCUAGGCACAAGGAGGAGGUCAGUGACGAGGUGUUCCACGGUAACAGGAGCUUAGUCUUCUCCGAGGCGCAGAAUAGGUUGUGGGCUGCUAUAGCUGUUCUUGAGGCGUUUGUGGUCAACAAGGGUGAUAUCAAGAGAACGGAAGCAUGA